GAGCCGCACCGAGCACUGCUGCACGCUCUGCACUGCAUUGCCCGAAUCUGCAGGUGCCCCCAGCUUGAUUAUCACAUGCUCCUCUCCGCCUUUUCUGUACUCUAGUCUUGUGUGGUUACCUGGCAACGGCAGGCACAUUCCACACACCAAAAAAACAACAACCGGUACUCCAAGUACCGGUACCACUACCCCAGCGUCAUCCAUUAGGUAACCCCUUCUACUCUCCCUUCCACUCCCCGCGAUGCCCCAGGCCGGCAUGCUAUACACGGCCCUGUCCACGAGCACGAUCUGGACCGUCGGCCUCCUUAGCAAACUGUUCCUCUACGGCGCCGCGCGCACUACGGUGACAGGACUCCCUGCCUUCCUCUCGCUGCUCGAGUCCCGGCGCCGCUCGCUCGCCGCGGGAGAGCCGAUCCCGCGCGGGCUAUUGACAGCAUCAAACCACAAGAGCGUUUUCGACGACCCCCUAAUCUGGGGCACCCUCCCCCUCUCCCACCUCCUCCUUGGCCCCGCCAACCACCGUCACGCGCUCGGCAGCGCCGACAUCUGCUUCACGACUCUCCCCACAUCGGUGCUCUUCCGUCUCGGCCAAGUCCACCAGACCUACCGGCUGCACAAGUCCCCCUUGGGCGGGCUAUUCCAGCCGACGCUCAACGCGCUGCCGCAACUACUGGACGGCGGCGCGUGGGUGCAUAUUUUCCCCGAGGGGAGGGUACAUCAGCACGAGGCGCAGCAGAUGCGCUACUUCAAGUGGGGUGUGGCGAGACUGCUGCUCGAGCCGCGCGUGCAGCCCACGUUCGUGCCAAUGUUUGUGACCGGCCUGGAGCGGGUCAUGGCGGAGGACCGGGGGUUUCCGCGGUUCUUGCCCCGGGUCGGGAAAAGGAUUAGAGUCGUGUAUGGUGCUGCGGUGGACGAUGGGCGGUUUGCGGAUUUGAGGGGAGAGUGGCGGGCGCUGUGUGAGCGGGAGGGCGCGGCAAGGAUCGAGGAUAGUGAAGUGCUCAGGACGGGACGGGAGGCGGUCGCGUUGAGGAUUGAGGCUACGAGGAGGGUAAGGGAGGAGGUCCUCAAGUUGCGGAGAUCACUGGGCUAUCCCGACGAGGAGCCGGGUGCUGGUGAUCCAGACACCUACCGGCUACCGGGCAUGGACGCGAAGGAGGGGAGGCUCGCAGAUGGCACGUUGGUGAAGGAUACGUAACGUUGUACACGUGCUCAAGUAGGUAGACAGAAAGA